UGAGCCGAUCUCAAACUUUAAUUAAACUGAGCCGAUCUCAAACUUUAAUUAAACGAGCUAGCCAAACUGCUUUAAUUUAACAGCACUAACUAUAACUACAGGCAAGCAUCCUUCCAACGACAAAGCAAUAAGUAAUAUUAAAUGCAACGAUAUUUUCACCGUCCAACUACUCCAACUACUCUCUCUCACUCACUCACACACACACAAUAAGGCACAAAAUAUCCGCACAACCAAAGCCAAACCAAACAAAACGCCAUGUCCAAGUACAAGCACCCCAUUGCAGAGGCCAGCGACUCGAGCCUCUUCGGCUCCCUCACUCCGGAUGAAUUCUACGCCCACCACGCCGUGAACCACGGAUCCGACUACAUCACCAGCAGCGGCAAACAAAGCCUCAAGCUCUUCACCCAGUGGUGGUCCCCGCGGGACCAGUCCGCGCCCCUCAGGGGCAUCGUCUGCGUGGUCCACGGCUUCACCGGCGAGUCCAGCUGGUUCGUCCAGCUCACAGCCGUGCUCGUGGCUAAGCACGGCUUCGCGGUCUGCGCCAUCGACCAUAUGGGCCACGGCUACUCGGAGGGGCUCGUCGCCCACUUACCGGACAUCAGUCUCGUCGUCGACGACUGCAUCUCCUUCUUCAAUAGCUUCCGGGCGAGGUACGCGGCGGAUCUGCCGGCGUUCCUGUACUCGGAGUCGCUGGGCGGGGCGAUUGCGCUGCUAAUCACGCUUCGGCGCGAGGGGAUUCUGCCGGAGAGGAGGUUCGACGGCGUCGUUUUGAACGGGGCGAUGUGUGGGAUCAGCGAUAAGUUCAAGCCGCCGUGGCCGUUGGAGCACUUCCUCUCGAUUGCGGCGUUUCUGAUUCCUACCUGGUGCGUGGUGCCCACGCGCGGCUCCAUACCCAACGUCUCCUUCAAGGUUGAAUGGAAGCGUAAACUGGCCCUAGCAAGCCCGAGGAGGCCCGUGCAGAGGCCACGUGCAGCCACGGCUCAGGAGCUGCUGAGGGUUUGCCGGGAGGUGCAGGAUAAGUUUGGUGAGGUUGAGGUCCCUUUCCUGAUUGUGCACGGGGGAGAUGACAUUGUGUGCGACCCCGCAUGUGCGGAGGAUCUCUAUCGCCGGGCCGCUAGCAAGGAUAAAACGCUGAGGAUGUAUCCCGGGAUGUGGCACCAGCUGGUGGGGGAGCCCGACGAGAAUGUGGAGCUCGUUUUUAGUGAGGUUGUCGAGUGGCUUCUGGCCAGAGCCCGCUCAAAGUAGUAACUAAUAUUUUACUUACUGUCGGUUUGGUUUGGUUUGGUUUGGUU